UUGUUUUUAUAGGGUUUUGGCUCCUCGCUCACCUCUUUCUUUUCUUCGUCUGGAUUUACUCCGUUUCCAUCCUCUAGUUUCUCCCUCUAACUCCAAGAUGAAGCUCGUCAGGUUUUUGAUGAAGUUGAACAACGAGACUGUUUCGAUUGAACUCAAGAAUGGAACUGUCGUUCAUGGCACAAUCAUCGGUGUGGAUAUCAGUAUGAACACCCAUUUGAAGACAGUGAAACUGACGCUGAAGGGUAAAAAUCCAGUGACAUUGGAUCACCUGAGUGUGAGGGGUAACAAUAUCCGCUAUUACAUCCUUCCUGACAGCUUAAACCUCGAGACGUUAUUGGUCGAGGAGACACCUAGGGUCAAACCCAAGAAGGCAACUACUGGUAAGCCAGUGGGGGGACGAGGUCGUGGCCGUGGGCGUGGUCGUGGACGUGGCAGAGGAGGCCGCUAAACUUGUUUGUUUUCUGUACAAAUUGCUUAGCCUGCGUAGGGGAAGCUUUCAGGGACAUGUUGUGCUUGUUUGGAGGAAAAUGCUGGUUUGAACUUUUUAUGUGGAGGCUAAUUCUGUAGAAUUGUUAUUUAAAAAUGUUUUAAAUUUUUAAACAGAAACCUUAGUAGGGGACUACUGGAUUUUGUUUCGCCCCUGUAGGGUUGAAAUAGAACAAGAAGUGAAUCAGAUCCAUCCAGUUUGUCUCAACUCAGCAACCAUCUGAUUCCUGUAUUUGCCCUUGCAUCAUCUCUUCCUGAUGCUGUCUUAACUCAGCAACCAUCUGAUUCCUGUAUUUGCCCUUGCAUCAUCUCUUCCUGGUGCAAAUUUAACUCUACCGGGCUUAGUUCUGUUC